AUGGAAUGGUUGCUGGCGAGUUUUGCGCUUUGCUUGUUCUUUUCCUCGCUGCAGGCUGUCGUUGUAUCGUUGGCAAGUACACAGGCAGGCGUCUUUGUAGAAGCAGCGGUGCCAUCUCCUGAAAACGGGGGAGGUGCGGGUGUGGAGCUUUUGCAAGGGGUGCUAUUCGCAAAGCAUGCCAUCUACUUUAAAAUCUCGCGAAGUCUUCUUGAAGUGGUGCGCCCUCAAAACUGCGGGGCCGGUGUCAAGGCCCACCCUGACAGGCCUGGUCGGAGGAGCUCGUGCCGCUCUCGCUCUGGGGCUGGGCACACUUGCCCCACCAUGUUGCAAGCAGGUGUUUGA